GUGAGUGGGCUGCAGCGGGGCGGGCGCGCGGGGACGGGUCUCGGGGAGGCCCAUUUGCCACCUAGGCCGCGGCUGGGCUCGGGCUGGAGAGUCGCGGCGCUAGGCCGCCGGGAGUGUGGACGACCGCGGGAGGGACGGGGCCCCGUGGGGCUCCAGCGAGGUCCGCGGUCGCACGCGAGGGACUCCGGCGUUCUCCCUUUGCUGGGCGAGCCGCGCAUCCCCUCGGGGCGCGCGGGGAACUUGGUGCCCGCGUGGCCUCAGGUCCGAGGGCCUAUGUCUCCACAGCAGAGUCGGAGCGCGCCUUCAGACCUGCACCAGCGAGGCAGCCAGGGCUGUCCGCGCUGAGUGCGGUUGGUGGGCCCCGCGUGGAGGCGGAGGCACCGGCGGCGGCGCUCUGUCCCCCUUGCUCCUCCGAGACGCUGCGGCCGAGUGGGGCGCCUCAGUCUUGAGAGUUGGACAAGCUUUUGAGUUAUGUUCUUGUGGGUCGGCCUUUGCACAUCUGGAUCAGUGGUUCUGUGGGGCUCUGCACACACUCGGAGGAGGCCUUCGUGUAGGCUAGGCUCCAUAUUGUCAGAGAUGUUGAUGGGACAGCUCCUGAGUGGGAGCCUCAGGGAUGGGGAACUGCUGACCCUUUCUGCAGAGAGCCUGGACCCUGCUAACUGUCACCUGUCAUCUCUCCCACCUUCACUUCUUGCUUGUGGCAUGUGACAUCUGGUGUACCAGUAAGAGAUACAUAUGGGUCAGUCGUCUGCAGUGGGCUCUGACAAGCAACAGGUGCUCCAAAGUGUUAGUUCACUGAUGUGAGUAAGGAAACAGGAACAUUUGAGUGGACACAUUGUCCGUCGCCUCCCAUUGCCUCUGAUGGUGCCAACUAAAGGGUGACAAUGAGGAAAUGGGUGGCUGCAUGUCCUCCAUAGAAUCUACCUUCCUGUUUGCCCCAGGUACUGUCUGGUAAUAACAACUCUUAUCUCAGGGGACGCUAAUUUUGAGCAAUUAUUUGCUCUAGAUCAUUAGAAGCAUGAGUCUUACAGCAGUCACUAACAUUACCUUUAUUCCCAAGGAAAAGAGAGCUCAAGUAGCUUACUUCAGAGCACCUAGUAGCAAAUUAAGUAACAAAGGUACCGAAACCCAGACUUCCUUUUUCUCUCUCUCUUUUUUUUUUUUUUUUUUUUUUUGUUGUUGGUAAGGAUGAGCAUGGCCUUAUGCCCGUUGAGAUAAGAAAGCAGCCUCUUUAUCCCCAGCUUUACUUUUUGAUAUUGUAAUAUAAUUACAUCAUUUCCUCCAAUCCCCUAGUAGUUCCUCUGCUCUCUUCUGUGGCCUCUACUUUUUGGAUUAUUGUUACAUAUGUAUAUGUGUGUAUGUAUUAUGUAUCCUUAAAUGCAUGAGUUGUACCUGCUCAGUUUGUGUAAUGUUACUUGUACUUAUAUGCUUCCAGGGCUGAUCAUUUAGUAUUGGAUACCAGUUUGUGUGUUCUUUACACUCAUUUUGUUACUUUUGAGGAGGAUCUGAUGUAACUGGGUAGGCUCAAAUGUAAUUGAGCAUGACCUUGAAUUUCUGGUCCUCCGUGUUCUGGAUUACAGAUUUCCAGGAUCCACACAACUUCAACAUAAAUAUAGAUCAGAUAUGAUCCAGUAGGAGGACCAAACCCCAGAACAGUGACAGUCUUGUCACUGAAGGAUGAACGGGGAGGAAGAAUUCUUUGAUGCCGUCACAGGCUUUGAUUCUGAUAAUUCUUCUAUAGGGGAAUUUUCAGAGGCAAAUAAAAUUAGUGGGAUGAUUGACUUGGAUACCAGCAAAAGUACUAGGAGUGGGAAAAAUGGGGAGAAACCACAACAAGAGAAUGGAAUUCAAAAGCACAGGACAGCCCUUCCUGCUCCCAUGUUCACCAGAAGCGACUUCAGUGUGUGGAGUAUCCUGAAGAAAUGCAUUGGCUUGGAACUCUCCAAGAUCACAAUGCCAAUUGCCUUCAAUGAGCCACUGAGCUUCCUGCAGCGGAUCACAGAGUACAUGGAGCAUGUGUACCUCAUUCACAAAGCCUCAAGUCAGUCCCAGCCGCUGGAGAGAAUGCAGUCUGUCGCUGCCUUUGCGGUCUCAGCUGUGGCUUCCCAGUGGGAGAGAACUGGCAAACCCUUUAACCCACUCUUGGGAGAGACAUAUGAGUUGAUCAGGGAAGACUUAGGGUUCAGAUUUAUAUCUGAGCAGGUCAGUCACCACCCUCCUAUUAGCGCAUUUUAUUCAGAAGGUCUCAAUCAAGACUUCAGGUUCCACGGUUCCAUCUACCCAAAGCUGAAGUUCUGGGGCAAGAGUGUGGAGGCGGAGCCCCGGGGGACCAUCACACUGGAGCUGCUCAAACAUAAUGAAGCCUAUACCUGGACCAACCCUACCUGCUGUGUACACAAUGUCAUCCUUGGGCAGCUAUGGAUAGAGCAGUAUGGGAUAGUGGAGAUUGUAAAUCACAGAACUGGAGAUAAGUGUAUACUUCACUUCAAGCCUUGUGGAUUGUUUGGGAAGGAACUUCACAGAGUAGAAGGGUACAUUCAAGACAAAAACAGGAAGAAGCUCUUUAUCAUGUAUGGCAAGUGGACAGAGUGCUUGUGGGGAAUAGAUCCUGCUUCAUACGAGUCCUUUAAGAAGCAAGAGAAGAGAGGUGACCAGGCCAGGAAGGCCAAGAUGGAUGAUGGCCCCGAGAAAGCUAACAGUGAUGUGCCUGGUGAUGUGGCAGACGACGUUCCUGUGGCUCAGGAGACGGUGCAAGUCAUCCCCGGCAGCAAGCUGCUCUGGAGGAUCAACAGCCGGCCCCCCAACUCUGCUCAGAUGUACAACUUUACCAGCUUCACUGUGAGUCUCAAUGAGUUGGAGUCAGGCAUGGAGAAGACUCUGCCACCCACAGACUGCCGCCUCCGUCCUGACAUACGAGGCAUGGAGAACGGAAACAUGGAUCUGGCCAGCCAGGAGAAGGAGCGGCUAGAGGAAAAGCAGAGAGAGGCCAGAAAAGAGCGUGCCAAAGAGGACGCAGAGUGGCGGACCAGGUGGUUCUCUCCAGGCAAUAACCCCUACACAGGAGCUCCUGACUGGCUGUACGCCGGCCAUUACUUUGAGCGUAACUUCUCAGACUGCCCAGACAUAUACUAAGGCCUGUGAGCCCAGGAGCAGCCUUGGAAUCCUCAAAUAGCAUCUGAGCUUUAUGGUGGCAGACACCACAAAUCAUGGAGAUAGCCUCGGACGUGACAGAGGCCCUCAGAGAGCCUCAGAUUGCCCAGUGCGUCACUAUGUUGCAGCCCCUUCAUGAAGCUCCAGUUGGGUCUUUCUAGUCACUGAGGCCUCAGAACUCCACAGUCCUUUCCUAGAUGACAGAGUGUAAAAGGCCAGCAGAGCUGGCAGCACACUCUGUUAUAAAAUGUAUAAUGAAGGAAGACCCAGCAGGGCCUGUGUGUUCCACUCAAGGCUGUGGCGUGGGUUCUGGAAGACUUUCAAACUCAGACCCAAGGAGGAGGGGAGCAUGGAUCCUGGAAGUGUCCUGUGGCCAGGGUCCCCUUCUUUGUGGAAUGAAGUGACAAGCCUCCAGAUUCUGUAUUUUCUACCAAUCUUGAAUAAGGUAAAGAUGACUUUAGAAAAUAUUUAAAUUGAAACUACUUGAAUUAUCUGCUAAAGUGCAGCAAACACAUAAUCACCACUGUGUACCGUCCAAACAAAGUGUCCCCGUGCCAAGCCAGAGUGGCAGGAACACUGUGACUUAGAUGAGGAACCCCCAGGGCCGCUCCAGCCUCGAAGGCCCUGCCUCAUCCACAGCGCUCCAUAGCUUCACUGUCACUGUGGACCACACCUGUCUCUAAGGUCAUUUCUUCACUCACCUCGCCUGUGUGCCCUCCCUGCUCCCCCAAAGUCUUGUGUUCGGUUCCCCAGUGUGCAUGUUUCAGUCCAGGCAAGUUACAUUCGGUUGUGUGCAAUAGAAGGUCAGAAGCAAGAUCUUACCUGGUGUCAUUAAAAUUGUUUUAACACAAGUAGGUGUGUCCACCUCUGCAUUCCUGUCACAUGAUGGACUUUAUGUAAAAAUGGUGACACCAAGGCUCACAGUGGAGCUCUUUGCAUCAAAGAUAAUCUACUGUGUACACACCUGUGCAUUCAUAGUGUGAGUCACACCAGGCAUUUGUAAAUGAGAAGGUAUGAUCACUAUGUCCAGGCUUCCAAACUGCCUCUGUCAUUAAAACACUUUGAAAAUCCAA